CCUGGCUAACAGUGGCCCCUACCUGUAUAACUCAGGGUCUGUAGACAUGGUUCUGGAAAAGCCAGACCAGACCAGACAGGGAGGGGAGGAAGGCAGCCUUUGAGCUCCACGUGCCUUCAUGGGCACCAACAAUGCAGGGGCUCCUUGCUGCUCAGACCCAGAAGCAAAACAAAAUCAGACAACAGAGUCCAAGUCCAAGCCUCAGUGGAAGCUGAAGCCGAAGCUGGAACCGCAGUCCCAGAGCCAGUCCCAGCCCAUGUCCAUCCAGGACGGGUAACAGGACAGCACACUGCAGUAAUCAUCACUCCUCAUCCCAAGCCUGACCCCUCAAUCAUUCCCACCAUUCCAGUAACACCAACCAUCAUCCCUCCAACACUUGUCCUACAAGAAGGAAGGCAACAGGGCUAGCAAAAAGAAAGGCCAAGAAAGGCCGGUCACCAUACAGAAGGGAAAAAACAAGCAGAUAGAAGAGCUCCAGCCCUGAAGAGAAAGAUCCAGUCCUCAGGAGCAGGGGAAGCAGCCAUCACAGAGACAGAGCCAGGCUCUGGGGCAGCCACACAGCCUUUAAAAGCCUGCAGAGCAGCAGGGACAGCUUCAGGGAGACAUCCACUGAAGAGACACCUUGCUGGGCAGGAGAGCAGAGAUUCCUGAGGAGAGAGGCAGUGACAUCUGGUGGGUAGUGCAGACCAAUGGAGAGGCCCUCAGAAGCCUCACAGAGUAGGGGCAGCACCUGGAAGGGGCUCCUGAUCAUCACAGCGCCACUGUCCAAACCUGCCAUUCUCAUCUCCAACAAGACUGCAGUGGAGACCAAGGACUUCUCAAUGACAUGCAAGGCUAAGGGUCAAAUUAACACUUACCAGUGGUUCAUAAAUGGACUUGCCCCAGCUGGUAGCAGGAUACAGCUGUCGCCAGAUAAGAGGACACUCACUAUCCGCAAUCUCACAAGAUGGGAAAACAAAGGACCCUAUGUGUGUGGAAUCCAGAACCUAUUUUAUAGCAGUAGGAGUGAUCCAUUCACACUGAAUGUUGCCUAUGGACCAGAUGGCGCCACGAUUAUCCAAACACCUGAUGUGUACCCUAUAGGGAUAAGGGUUAACUUUAGCUGUUCUGCUCCAUCUAACCCACACAGUCAAUUCACUUGGUUUUACAAUGGACGAUUCCUCAGCAAUGCAUCCGCAAUGUUUGUUACUGCAACCCUAAGGCACACUGGAAACUAUACCUGUAUUGCAUCUAACUCAGUCACUGGCUUGGUGCGCAACCAAACCAAGAUUAUUACAAUUUAUGCCUCAGUUUCUUCCUGUGGAAAAAUGAAUAAUCUUUUGCUCUGUAUACAAUAGGAUUCUAUGUGGAGAAAGGACUUUUUACAUGGUAGGUACAAAAAGCAUUUCAGUUGUCAUUGGCAUCAUAGUUGUUGCUAUUGGAUUAUUCUCUUCUGACCCAGAGACAUACAACCUUCUUUGUCUCCCAACUUCUAAUAUUGCACCUUCAAUGACUACUCUGUACUCUUUCUCAUAGUCUAUUCUUCAGCCUAUUUCACUUGAUUCUGUAGCACACCGGGUGUUUCUAGUCUUGGUUGCAGUAUAAAUUAUGGUCUUUCAGUGGGGUUGGCCUUGAUCCCCUUUGGCAGGGAAAUUCUGGAGAUGGAAAGGAGGGUGUAAAGUUUGUCUCCUUCCACAGACUGUGAUUUACGACUGAACCUGUAUUUUUCCUCUUUGUGGCUAUAAGGGGUAAAAUAUUAAAGAUUAUACCAAAUUGAUGAGAAUCUGGUCACCAGAAACUAAUAUAUCUCAAGUCAGAAUGACUUUUUAUGGUAGUUUAUUUACAAAAGGAGAAAGACGAAAAUUAAUAAAACCAGAGAAAGUAGAUAUUUACUCCAGUCCAAUCCAAAACAGUCAGGGCUUGUAAGGCCCCAGCAAAGGAGGCUCAGAGCUAAAUUAAAGAAGAAAUUAAGCCACUCCUUCUCCAGGAUGAGGGGCCUCUCUGGAAGCUAGGACCUGCAGGAAAUUCAGGAAAAGAAAUGGGCCUUUUUCACUCACCCACAUGGUAAUCCCAAUGGAAAAUUCAAGAGCAGUCCUGGGUCCCCAGCCAGAGCUCCUCCAGGGUCAAUUUGAAGUCAAAAUACCUGGUCACAGAAAGUUCUUGCCGCUUUUAAAGACCCUUUUUUCAACACUUCCUGUACCUUCCUUCCAGUUUUCAUGGCCCAAUUAUAGCUUUAAUUUUGCUUAGAACUGCCAGGGGGCAGUCAGUCGAUUCUGAUUCGUCACCCACUAUCUCACAGUGGGUCACAGACCUCCCCAUACUUCAGGACAAUUGGCAUGUUUACACUUCUGGUGUUUAAAUGUAAACAUUGGAAGAUGAGAGUUAAUCCCAUCUUCAUAAUCCCCCCUCCCCAUGAUAAUUUGGGAAACUAUUUUCCCCAAUUGAUCAUUUAACAUAAUCUCCUUAUACCUAUAAAAAUCUUCUAGCUCCAGGCUUAUACAAUAUUGCGCCUUCUAAAGGGAAACUACAAUAGUUAGAGAUAUUGAGGGAAAAAAAUGUAGGGAAAAGUUUUGCAAGGGAA